CUCCUCCCGGCCAGUAUGAAUAGCGGUGCUGUUGCGCCGGGGCGCUUGUUCGCUGCCCAGGACCGUCCGCCUAGCUCCGGGACUCCGCCUGCUUCUCGGUCUCGUCUCGAUCUCGCUGCCGUCCAGCCAGGCUCCCCGGCGGCCAUGGAGGCGUUCGUGGGCUCUCGCGCCUUGGGCGAGGAGUCCCUGCAGAUGUGGGACCUCAACAAGCGGCUGGAAGCUUACCUGUCGCGCGUGAAGCACCUGGAGGAGGAGAACGAGGGGCUGCGCGCCGAGGUGCAGGGCUUGCGCCUGAGCCCCGUCGAGGGCUCGUGGCGGGCGCGCUACGAGGGCGAGGUGGCGGCGCUGAGGGCCACCCUGGAGCAGGCUUUCCGCGACAAGGCGUCGGCCGAGCUGGCCCGGGACGCGCUGCGCGACGAGGUGCAGCAGGCGACGGGCCGGUGCCAGCGGGAGAGGGCGGCCCGCGACGAGGCCAAGAGGAUGCUGUCGCGGAGCAGGAAGGAGCUGGAGGAGGAGCGCCGGGCGCAGCUGUGGCUCCGCGAGAAGGCGGCGCAGCUGGAGCAGGAGGUGCGGGCGCUGGACGAGGCGCACCGGGACGAGAAGGCGGCGCUGGGCCAGGAGGCGGCCGGCGUGGGGAGUCUGCAGAGCGGCCGGCGCGGCGCCCCGACGGCCGAGGGCUGCUUCCAGCCCGCCGAGGUGGAGGACUACGCGCAGCGCCUCUCCAGCAUCUGGAAGGGGGCCGCCGAGACCUACAAGGCGGAGGUCUGGCAGCUGGAGGCCGCCCUGGGCGAGGCCAAGGAGAAGCUCUGGAGAGCCACCGAGGGCAACCGGCAGGGCCAGCUGCGCCUCCAGCAGCUGGAGAAGGAGCUGGCCGGCCUGAAGAUCCGCAGGGAGGUCUUGGAGGAGAGCCUGGCGCAGCAGUGGCAGCAGCAGCACGGCGAGGCCGGCCAGCUCCAGCUGGCCAUCGAGUCCCUGGAGGAGGAGAAGCAGUCCCUGCGGGUCCAGAUCGCCCAGGUCCUGGAGGAGCGCCAGCAGCUGAUGCACCUCAAGAUGUCCCUCAGCCUGGAAGUGGCCACCUACCGGACUCUCCUGGAGGCCGAGAGCACCAGGCUGCAGAUCCCAGCUGCCGACUUCAAACUGAUCAGUGGCACCAGAGAUGGGAAGCUGGAGUUGAGCAACGGCCUGUCCCUGGACAGAGGCCACCUGGGCCCCCGAGACCCCUGGCUGAGCCCAGCCACCUUCCCGAAGGCCAGCGCAAAGCCCCGGCUGCCCAGGGGCCAGAAUGAGUCCUCAGCGGGCAGCUUCACUUCCUCUGCACCCCCCAAGAGCAGGAGCCCCUUGGCCAGGGAUUUCCAGAAGGCCAGCACCAUCCUCCCGGAUCCCUCCACCAUAAGUUUUGAGGACCCCUUGCCAGCCAAAGACGUCCUGGCUCCCGUCGACUUGCCCACUUUUGAGCAGACUGAGGUCUGGACGGCCACCCAAAUCACAGCUGUCUCCCAGUCGCUCUUGCACGAGUCCCUUCCGCCUUUCGACGCUGCGGCUCCUGACGCCUUGGAAGAAUCCAGCUUGGGCACCGAGCAGAGACUCCAGGCGGCCGGAGCCAUGAGGGGUGGCAGAGAGACUGAAGCAGGAGAGAAGGAAGGACUUUGUGAGGAGGAGGAGGAGGAGGAAGAAGAAGAGGAGGAGGAAGAGCAAGAAGAGGAGUGUCUCAGCAAUGAGCCAGCAGGGGAGACCACGACCCAGAAUGGUCCUUACCCUGACCGGCUGGUCACAGAAGCGUUGGAAAUCGCACUCAAAGUAGUCAACGGGGCAGGUGUCCGGCCAGAGACCGGCUUCCUUGAGGGCUCCAACUCCCCAAACGGCCUCCCUCUGGACGGCUCUCCCCCCUUCGAAGAUGAAGGCAGAGCAGACCCUCCUCCCAGUACAGAGUUGGUGAAAGAAGCUGCAGAGAAAGUGCUGAAAGAGCCCACAGGGGACACUCUGUCAGGGGCAGACCUUAUGUGGGGCAUCCGAGGCUCUGAAGAGCCAACAGAGGCGAACGGCAGCCCCGGAGAGGCCUGCGCAGAGCAGCAUGAAGGGGAGACCCGGGGGGCUCUGGCAACAGACCCCCCAACUCCACAAGAAAGGGAGUUGCUGGAGGUAGAAGGGGAGGCCAGGGAAACUGCAGACGGCGUCCCGGUCACCGGGAGGAUCGAGGCCGACCAGGAAGUGGUGCCUCCGGGGGAGGAAGGCGAGGAGCUCCCGCCGUCAUGUAGCACAGAGCAGGGCGGGCACAGCAAUGAGGAGGUGCCCGAGUGCCCAGAAGGGGCAGGUGCCCUGGGCAAAGAUGCGGCUGUGGCGGUGAGGGAGGGGAAGGAGAGCUGGGACCCUGGCGCCAGCAGCCCCCCAGAGGAGCAGGCAGGUGCCAUGGGAGGGUACCUGGAGGAAGCGGAAGACCUGGAGGUGGUGAGCACAGAAGCCCUGCACCUGUCGGAGGAUGAGGAAAGGAGGGAGCUGUGGAGCCCCUCCAAGGAGAACGAGGAGGAGGACUUGCAGGCGCUGGAGGGGGAGCUCCUGCAGGCAGAAGAGUUUGUUGCUUGUGAGAACGUGGCACCACUGAGCCACGAGGUGGCAGAGAGUUGCUCAGAGCAACCCUUUCUUCAGCUGGAGCAGCUCCAGGCACCAGGAGCCCCUCUGGAAGAGAAGGAUUUGGCCCUGCGGGAGGGAGAGGUGGGAGAGGCAUCCCAGGAACCUGACGCCUUUCCUGCAGAGGAGGAAGGAGAGAAUGUGGAAGGGGAGCCCAGAAUGGUGGAAAGUGCAAGGGAUGCUGAGGGGGGCAAAGAGAGAGGGGAGGAGGAGGAAGACAUCCCCAGGCCCCCCAGAGAGGAUGGGUUGGGGAAUGAGGAUGUCAGGGAGAAGCAGGGCUUCUCAGACACAGAGCCUGUCUGCUCCCAGGAGAUGGAGGUUGCCUUGCGAGGCGAGGAUGUCCCGGGGCAAGGAGAGAUCUCCAAGGCAGAGGAGCAGGAUGUGGCAGGAGAUGCUUCGGAGGAGCAGCAGCAACUGGCUGAGGAGGAGGAGGGAGCAGGAGAAGGAGGAGCAGAGAUCCCAGCAGCUGCUCUUGACGCUGACAGAGACAUCCAGGAGGGAAGCUUGGUGGUGGGCCCAGAAGCCUCCACGGCUGAAAGGGAAGAGGAGGAGGAGGAGGCGGCAGGCAUUCUAGAGAUGGAAGAAAUAGCAGCCCCCUUGGAGACAAAGGACCUGCCAUGGUGCCCGGAAGCGGAACAGGACGAGGCCGAUGUGCAGGCAGAGGAAGAAGAGCAAGCAGUGGCCAGAGUAGAAGAGGUUCUCCAAAGUCAGCUGGCCACCCACCUGGGCGAAAGCCUGCCCCCCCCAGAAGUGCAGGGCAGCCCCACCGACGGGUUUGAGGGCAAGGACCAGGCCGACACCAGCUAUGGUCAGUCGCAAAGUGAGUCUUUGGGGUCUGAGGGCUCCCUUGAAUCUUGGGACAGCUCCCCAAAUGCCGGCCGUGAGACCGAGGGGAUUGAGAAGGGCCUGGAAAGUGGCAAAGCGAUUAUGCUGGAGGAGACUCUGCCGGAUCACACCCCCUUGCAUCUGUAUGAGGGGCAGAUGUUGCCUGCCUCUGGGGAGCCCCAACAAACGCCUCCAGAGAGCCAAGAGGCUGCAGAACUGCCUCUUGUGACCCAAGAUGGAUCUAUGUCUUUAGAGGAGGUGCAACAUCCUCCAGCAGAGGACGAGAGUUUGCACAGCCCCCCAACAGAGGAGAACAUCAACAAACAAGAAGGUGCAGAAGAGGAAGGGGGAUGCGCCAUAGAAGCUGCUCCCAUCCAAGGCACAGACGAUCCCAAAGUUUCAGAAAAACCUACGACAGAUGCUCUGGAACUCAUCGGAAGUGAUGGAAACCUACUUGAAGAAGACUCCAAAGUGCUCAGAGGGGAGGAGGUUGCAAAGGACUCUGCACAGUUGGACGCAGAAUCUGAGAAAGAGUUGGCUGGUGGGGAAGUCCCCCAGAAAGGAGGCGAGGUAGAAGAAGAAGCCCAGUUUGUAGAACAGUUCUGUGAGGAAGAACUUGGCCAGGAUUUUGCUUGGGGACCAGAGGAGGACAGCACUUUCCAAGUAGAACGGCUGGAUCCCAGCAACGUGGAGGAAAAUGCCUUUGUAGAAGGGGACGGUCCAUUGGAGCUGGGUGACCAGGGCGACAGAGAGGCUGAAGGUGGCCACAAGGUUUCUCCCCUGACCAGCGUGGCUGACUUGGGUGAAAUUGUGCUGGAGGGGGAAGAAGGGUCUUUGGAUAUGCAGGGAGGAGACCUCACGGGACCAGAGGCUCCAGCAUGUGGCAAGGAUGAAGAUUUGCCCUGUGCCCAGGAGACAACGGACCUUGAAAUCUGCAGAAGAGAAGACCAGGUCCCACAGGAAGAUGUGGCUGAGGGGGACCCACGUGGCGAGGAUCUCCCAGGUGAGACAGUUGCGAGCAUCUCAAGAGAGAGCAUGAAAGAUGCUGACAUCCUGGAGAUCGUGGAACAAGCUCUGGAGUUCAACCAGGAGCUGAUCAAGGCAGCUGAACCGUGUGUUGAGGCCGAACCAACAGUGACAGGAGGGGAGGAAGGUCCAUCCCUGGAGAAUGAGGAAGAGGAGAGCCAGGCUGCACCAAUUGCCUUGCCCGAUGUCAGUGACUCCCAGGUCCCCACAGAGACCCCAGAAAUCUCCUUCCCCGAUGCCAAAGACCCAACAGAAUCAGGUCCUCUGUGGGCUGACAGCAAUGCUAAUGGGCUGCAGGAAGACCCCGGCGUUGCCGAUUUCACAGAGGAGAUCCUGAAUGGGAUUGGGGUCCUCCGGCCUGGUGAGACAGAGUGCAAUGGGGGCAUCUCUGAGGAAGAACCAAUGAAGAAGGUUCCCAUCACCCAGCAGUUCCUCAGGGAGGAGCUGGACAAGCCCUCCGCGGUGGAGGUGACAGCAGACCAGAGAUCGCCUCAAGUGCCGUCCCAUGAAGAGACACCAAGGAUCGAAGAUGUGGAGCCGGAAGUUCAUGAGAAGGUUCUGCUGGGACAUGGCAAAGGCCUGGAGGCCACGGAUCCCAAUGAGAACCUCUUUGUCGACAUCUUGCAGGCUGCCUGUGUCAAAGGGGGGAAGGGCGCUGAUCCCGGGGCCGUCUCCAUCCCACCACACUUUGGGGAUGAAGUUCUCCGCCUGGAGUCCAACCAGCACCUGAACUUCCGGACAGAAGAGGAGGAGGAGCAGAGAUGGUCUUCAGAAGACAACUGAAACCCUGCCUUUGUCCCUCCCAGCAGCUGACUCCUGCCAGAGGCAAAGCAAGAUCUCUAGGGGACCAGGAGAUCACUCUCUUCCCAUGCCCCACAACCUCCACAACCUUUUUAAAUUUUGUUUUUCUAGAUGCCAUACUACCAUUUUUCAUUUAAAAAAUAAAAAUAGGCCGUCAAAUUGACAAUCAAAAGCUUUGAUUAGAUAGAACUCUUCUUUUUUAAAAAAACCUCCUUUGAGACUUUAUGGUAGAGAUUUGUUAAAAACCUCCUGUUUGUUGGAGUGAGCAUUCGAGCCCAGUGCCUUAUAGGGUGGCAGAAUAUAGGGCCAGGGUUUUAAUCAUGAUAGGCCUCCCCUUCCCCUUAAAGUGGACCCAGUUGUUUGGGAGAGGGGGCAGUCCGAAGCCUUGUGACACCUGUGGAGCUGCUGCUACUGUGGGAGAAGCGGCUGGAUCUAACACCUCAGUGUCAACUCGAGCCCUCUGGACCUUAGCGCCUUCAAUCCUCCAACCGUCAGCCUCCCCUAAGUUACGUUGCAAAAAACAAACCCCCAACGCAGCUUGGCACAUCCUCUUUUCAGUGUUUUGUGGCUGGCACAGCAAUUCUUAAGCUCCUCGACCCACAGAUCAAGGUAUCGCUGAGCUGGGUCCCACUCUCCUCGCUGUCUGAACACCUCCUGCUUCUUUGGGGCCUGAUAGCUUAUGGAGAUUAAAAAGUGGGUUUUAAGCUGCAAAAAAUGUUGGUUUCUGUGCAAGUCAGGCCAAUGUCUCCCAAGUGCAAAUUUGAAGGGAGUGUGUGUCUUCAGGGGCUGCUUUGAAGUUCACCCUAUAAGCAAGCCAGCAAGAGGAGUGUUUGCAGAAGGACUGGGGCAGGCAGCAGAUCCUGGGGUGUGGAGGGGCUGGUGGUUUGGUGUGGACCCUGUUAGUUGCAGAGAGAGAUGCAGCUGCGCCCUGGCUUGAGGUGCAGGACUUAAGAAUUCUGCUGCUUUGUUGCCUUCAGAUAUGGAGCCAGCAAGACGGACCCCCGGCUUCCUGCGACUGAGCCUCCUUGAUAAGCUAAUAAAAGCAAUUUGUUUCCCACCA